AUGAAGCUACUGUUUGUGCUUCUUGCCCUUGGAGGCGUUUGUCAGCUUAAUGGAUUUAAGAUCUGUGAACGAAAGGCACCCGGUACAAUAAUGGGAAAUCCGGCAAACUGCAGUGAGUUCUACAUGUGCCGUUCCGGUCGUCCGGUACUGUUCUCCUGUCCCGAUAACAUGUACUUCGAUGUGGAUUCUGCUGCCUGUGGGUACGAAGCGUUUUGCACUGAAAACGAUGUGAACUUGGAUGUGGAUCCCUUGGAACCAUUCGGACCAGAGUACAGCCCGAUCGUGGCUGAUCGGUCGCGACUAGUGCCGAACAGCGGUGUCUGCCUGGGAGCAUCAGCAGGUGCGAUUCGGUUGGACACCACGGGUUGCAAAUCUUUCUUCCAGUGUACCAAGGCUGGUCCGCUUCGGCUCGAGUGCCCAGCCGGUACACUAUUCGAUAGCAACCGUAUCCUGUGCGAUCCGGCCGAUAUAGUUUCGUGUGCAUUUGCACCGGCAAACCCCAUCGUCGGAGGUCCUGUUACAAGCAAUAUACUGUCUUUGCUGUGCCAUGGUAAGAAGAAUGGUCACAAGUUAGCCCAUCCGACCAACUGCGAGCGGUACAUCGUGUGCAAUGGACGCAACAAGCCACAGGAGCUCAAAUGUCCAUCCGGCACAGCGUACAAUAAGAAGCGCAACAUUUGUGACUUUAAGCACAACGUUGAGUGCUAG